AUGAUACCUUCAGAAGAAUUUGAAGAAGUAAUACUUGAAAAAAAAAGCUGUAGUGAUGCUUAAUAUACUAUUAAAUAAGCAACCCAGAAUUUUAACAAUAAGUCAUAUAAUUUAAUAUAUUAGGUUACCUAUUCCUCAAGAAUAGCAUAUAUCACAUGAAAAAUAACAUAAUUUAUGUAAAGAUAGUUUAAAUGAAUCGGAAAUUUUAUUGGAACUUGAGGAAGUUCCUGGAUUAAAAAAAUAAAAAAGUGAUACAUCUUAUGAUUACAAAAUAAAUAAACUUAAAUCAUUUGCAAAUAAAAUAAUUAAAAAUAAUAAGAAUAAUCUUCUAAAAUCAGAAUUAAGUCCUAUUAAAAAUUAAUAGUAAAAUCCUAAGUCAAUAUUACCAGUCCAAUCUAAAGGUUAAAAUGAUGAAAGAAUUUCUAUUAUAAAAUUUGAACAUCAUGAUGAGGAAUUAAAAGAACUUUAGUAUUAAAAAAUUAUUAAUUUAGCCGUUAAUUAGAAGAAGUAGAAAAUAAAAUUUUAGAAAAACGAAAAAGACUAAAAGUUUUGAAUCCUAUUGAUGAAAAUGAGUAAUUUGAAUAGGAUUAAUAAUAAAUAGAAAUCAAAGUGAAUCAAUCAAAUGAAGAGAAUACUUGCUUAAUUUGCGGAGAAGAUACGAAAGAAAUAAUAUAAGUACUUAAUUGUUAGCAUGGCUUUUGUUCGUAUAAUUAUUUUUUUUAAUUUAAAGGGAUUGCUAUGAAUAAUAUUUAGAUGACAGAAUAAUAAAUGCUAAAGUUAUUAAUAUACCAUGUCCAUAGGAAGGUUGUAGUGAAAUAUUCCCUGAAAGAGUAAUAGAAAAUAUCGUAAGCUUUACUAAGUUUAAAAAAUACUUAAGAUUUAAACUUUAAAUUGAGAUUGCAAAUGAUCCAAACAAAAGAUUGUGUCCAUCAGUAGAUUGUGAUUAUUAUGUUGAAAGAGUAAAUUCAAAUAAUGACUUUGUUAUGUGUAAAUGUGGAACUUAUGUUUGUCUCAAAUGUGGUUAGCUUGCUCAUUUUUAUUAACGAUGCUAGGUUUAUUUAUGAAAUAAAAUUUAGUAAGCUAUCGAUUACAAUUUUAUAAUUGCAUUAAAUAAGUAUAAUAUUAAGAGUUGUCCUAAAUGUAAAUCUAAUAUUGAAAAAAAUGAAGGAUGUAAUCAUAUGACAUGUAGAUGCAAAUAUGAGUAUUGUUGGGUUUGUUUAUAGAAAUAUUAUAAUGAUCAUUACAAAUUUUGGUCUCCCAGAGGAUGUGCAAGUAAAUAUAUUAAGAAAUAUUUUAAGUAUGGUCAAAUGGAAAAUUCAAAACACAUAAAGUUGUAAAUCACCCUGAUUUAAUGAGAAGGAUUUUUUUUCUACCUCGUCUUAUCCUUUUUCUUUUCAGAAUUAUCAUGAUACUUCUAAAAUUACUGUCUAUAGCAUUAUUUAAAUCAUUUAAAAAGCCUUUCUUCAGGAUAAAUAAGAAAUUUUAUCGUUCAAGAAAACCUAAAAGUUGGUAAAUGUUAAUUAUUAAUUGAUAUUAGUUUUUUCAAAGCGAUAUAUUUCUUCUUUGUGCAAUUAUUCAUUAUAAUAAUAGUGAUAAUUAUCUUUCCUUUUUACUUUUUAUUUUACAGGAUUUAUAAAGAAAUAAAAAGGCUUUGUCAUAAAGGAUGUUCAUAUUGA